CUGCAGAGCUGGAUAGACAGAAUCAAUGGCUGCGCAUACGAGGACUAUAGUUCUUUUAAUCAUACAGCUGCAAUUUUUAGAAUCAGACCAGGUCCAUUAUAAGUGUGUGGCAGAAGGAGAGGAUGCCACUUUGCCUUGUGAAAAACUUCGACCCGAGCAGAAACAAUGUGACCUAACCACAUGGAGUUUCCAGCACACAGAAGUGGUUGUGUAUGGACUACUCAACUCAAACAGGGUGAAUCUCACUGACCGCUGUUCCCUGCAGAUUAAAGAUGUCCAAACUCAGGAUGCUGGUGAGUACAAGUGCAGACAGCAUGACCGUUCAGGACAGUCUUUUCCUCUGGACAAUCUGGUCUCCCUGUCCAUCGUCUCCAUGAGUGAAGUUACACAUACUUCUGAAACAGAGUUAAUUUGUUCAGUCUCCACAAAGCAGCGGUGUGUUCGAGUCCCACUUAAAUGGUCUGUAGGGGGCGCUUCAGUUAAAGAUUAUCCCAAUCUCAAAGUGGAAACAUCCAACUGCCGGACAUCUGUCAAAUUUAGACAGCAAGAUUUUAAACAACAAAAGUUCACAUGUGAAGUGGAAUGUGUCAACAACAAGAUCCAGUUUCACUUCCAAAAAGAUGAAUCAGAGAGUACUACACAGAAAGAGAACAGAGAGAAUGACAGUGAUGAGAGCGGAGACUUGGUAGAUGACAGGUCGGACAAUGGACGUAAAGGCUGGUGGUGGGCAGUAAUAGCAGUGGCUGUCGUUUUAAGCAUAACAGCUGUGGCCUUUGUCACAUGGAGGAGGGUCAAAGUGAAUCCUCAGGAAUCCAGUGACACUCCACCUGCUGAAGAGGAAGUGUCUUAUGCCUUUAUCAACUUUAACACAAGCCACAAGAAAACUAUUGUCAGAGUGAGUGAGGAGGCUGUAACUUACAGCUCUGUGAGAAUCCCACCUAAGGACCGCGCUCAGCUCUACACCUCUGUCCACAAGCAGACUGAUAAAUAAAACUGCAAAAGAAAAUUGAAUUCUGUCAAGUGCACAAAAGUUUUGGAGUGAAUACAUUUUGCCUCUCAUCCAAGAGGCUUCUUCAGUUCUGCAAAGUCUCUGC